UUACUCAGACUGAGUGAAGAGUCUCUCUCUUUCAGUUGUGGUCAGAGUUGCGAGCUGCACGUCUCUUCCUUGCACCUUCCUUUUCUCUUUCCUUCUCUAUUUGCGACUGYGUGAAGGAGAUACCKGCUUUUUGUAUGAGGGACUUUGAUGUUUCUUUAUACCAUCGUUUAGACAUUCAUGGAUUCAGACUGAGCUGCAACAUGAGGUCGAGAUGAAGCUCACAAUGAAGACAUUUGUGGCAUGAAACCAGAUCUGCCACUCAUUUCCUCCUCCUUCAUUUCCUUCCAUCACCCUUCACUUAGUAACUCUAACUUCAGCAAYGCCGCAUUGAUGAGGUAACGUCGAGCUCCCGCUCCGCAGCACCUACCUGCACAUAUACCACAUUGCCUUCCUCCCCUUCUCCCCCUGCCAACCCUUUCGUCACAGCCAUGGGUCAGAAGAUUUCAGGCAGCAUUAAAUCGGUGGAAGGUCGCGGGGAAAGUGGCGGCUCUCCGUCGUACCGUCCCACGCCUCAUCGCCGCCAACACCUGGAGCUGAGGGGUCCAGAUUUCUCCAAGCCACCCAGGCUSGACCUCCUGUUGGACAUGCCGUGCGCUGGACUGGAGACGCAGCUCCAUCACGCGUGGAACCCAGACGACCGCUCCCUCAACAUCUUCAUCAAAGAGGACGACAAGCUGACGUUUCACCGACACCCAGUCGCUCAAAGCACAGACUGCAUCAGAGGACGGGUCGGAUACACACGGGGCCUUCACGUGUGGAAGAUCCACUGGCCUUCGCGGCAGCGAGGCACCCACGCUGUGGUGGGUGUGGCGACCUCGGAAGCUCCUCUACACUCUGUUGGGUACACUGCGUUAGUGGGUUCGGACUGUGAGUCCUGGGGCUGGGAUCUGGGACGAAACAGACUCUACCACGACAGUAAGAACCGGUCCCACAGUUCGCUGCCUUCUUACCCUUGUUUCCUAGAGCCAGACGAGUCGUUCACGCUCCCGGACUCUCUCCUCGUGAUUCUGGACAUGGAUGAAGGGACGCUUAGCUUUAUGGUGGAUGGACAGUAUCUAGGAGUUGCAUUUCGAGGCCUGAAAGGAAGGAAGCUGUAUCCCAUCGUGAGUGCCGUAUGGGGACAUUGUGAAAUAACCAUGAAGUAUGUCAACGGCUUGGAUCCGGAGCCCCUGCCGCUCAUGGACCUGUGUCGACGUGCGGCCCGCCUGGCGUUGGGUCGGGAGCGGCUCAAGGAAAUUGAGAGCCUCCCUCUGCCCCAGUCCCUCAAAAAUUACCUCCAGUACCAGUGACUGACACCGGCAGAUCCAACUGGGACAACAAGGACACAGAGCAGGCCACCAGAGAUUCUGCAGAUGGACGAUGAAAGGGUGAACUUGAGGUCGCACAGAGGGGAUGAUUGAUUGAAGAACGUCCACACCGGAGCACCGCAGCUCUCACGAAUCCGUACAAGGGCGGAUAAGGACGAAGGCAGAUGAACUGGAGGGAGAGGAGGAGAGGGAAUUUAGGCUUUCCAACAAUCGGACCACACCAGCUUCUUUCUUUCUUUUUUUCUUUUUUAAAAAAAUAAUUUUAGGCUGCUUUUUUUGGUUUUAGACUUGAAAUAAAUUAUUGAUGACAGUGUCACAUCAGUGUCUCUUUCAUCCAGACUGAAAGCUCAUCCUCUGAUGGCACAGCGCUGUUAGGUGGCGAAAGCAAACAUCGCCAUCUAGUGGUGAGAAUAAUAAUAAAAAGAAAAAAAAAAACAGGAGAAAGUAAGCACACUAAUCCCAUCUAUGGAGGCCUUUCUGACAUAAACUCACUGACCAUAUCAUUGCAGCUGAUGUCUGUUCAUAAUCCACACUGGCACAGGUGGCCGGCGGCAGAAUCAAAAAUGUCCAAAAGGAUUUUUAGCACUGAUGUUGUAUUUAUGUGACUGACCCCAGGCCUGCCCAUCAGCUCACACUGCAGACAGAUUACAUCAGCACACAUCUGGGAGGUGUGUGUACAGAUCCACACAAUACAUCAUUAUCUGAAGAGAACGAAGCCCCUUUUCAGACAUCUAAUGCCGUUUACCACACUCUUCUUAAUCCUUCUUUUCAACACUUUAAAUUAAAACAUUCUUAAUCGACUCCUCGGCAUGAGAACAUGGAGUUUAACAUUAAAUCAUAAAACCAGAACUGGUUCUGAUUUCUCACAACUGGUGACUCUAAUUAGUUUUUAGUUGUAUUAAAUAUUUUAUACAUAUAUAUAUUUUUUUUAAAACAGAUAUGAAGGUUAAUUUGCAGUAUUGUGAAAAGUUUGCCUUAGAAAGAACCUGACCUAAGUUCGGCUAUUACGGGUUAAAACUAGAAUAAAGCAUGUUCAUAGUUUCCCACAUAAUCAUUCUGAACUAAAUGCAAAUAUCAUUAACUCAUUUAUGGUUGUUUUUUUUUUUGUUUGUUUUUUUUUACUUAAUACCAUCUUUAAAAUUAUAUAGAUCAUUGUMUUUAAGGACAUAAAGGCCUUCUUGCAGCAUUUACAAGCUGGUCUUUGCAGCCUAUUUACCUCAGUUUAAUUACCUUCUGUGCUUGUUGCUGAGAUAAAUGUGUUUGAAGUUGCUUAAACACUCAAAAAUGACUCUUUGUCCAAGUUUCUCUUUUCACAGAGCUUACACUUCACAUAAACAACGUCUCUACAUUACAUGCUGCGCUCUGUCCAUCAUGUGAAAAACAUUAAGUCCAAAGUUUUUUAAAAAUGUGCUGUUUUUUUUUUAGAUGCACAACACAAACACAAAGGUUUUUUUUUUUUAGCAUCGUGUCCAUAACUAAAUAAUCUCCAAGUUACUCAAUAAAACUUAGGCAAAGGUCAAAUGAGGGCAUUUUAAGCUAAAUAAAAUGAUUUACUACCACCCUGAGAUCACUUGCAUGUUAUCCAUGAUAUCUUCAUAACGGUAAAGGAGUUUUGAACUUAUGGGGGAAAAAAUAGCAAGAAAAAGAUAAUCUGUACACUGAAUUUAAUUCACAAUACCACACUAUGCAGCUGUGGGAGAAAUACUAUGAAAUAAGACAGAAGAUCCAGGUGUUGAGGCACAACUUUUCCUCCAACAUGUCUGAAAAGGGGCUUCAUUUCUCAAUCAGUUAGAAGAAAUCUACCUUUCAUUUAUUUGAAAAAAAAAAAAUCAAUCCUCACGUGACACUAACCCACUUACAACCAUGUCAAAUCACAACCAAAGUUAUUUCGGUGGAAGCCAUCGGUCGUAGAGACGCGUCYKCCUGUGUCCGGCUGUUUGUAGCAGCUACGCCCCGCUGUAGCUCACUUGGUAGCAAGCAGCGUGUGUGUCAGCUCUCCACGCCACUGCUUUCACUUCUUAGAARACCAGAGUUAGACUGGACCUGUAAGAGAGGCCGUAGCAGGACCUCUGGACCCGGCAGGUGAGCUGCUGGAUCCGCACAGAACAUAGACGACCAAGACCAAUCGAUUUCUACGUCCUUAAAAAUGGCUUGAGUCACUUUUUCCAACUUUAUUUGUGUUGUUCAUUAUGAAACCUUUUCCAUCCGAUAAUGAAAGGAUGGAUUUAGGGUUUAUUUAUCACAAGCUAGCUGUGUGUUUGUGACAUUCUGGUUGAUUUUGUUAAGACGAUGCUGACGAUGAAGGGAGACGGAAACUCAAACUUGUUACUUCAAUGCUGCUUUUAUUAAUUAUUAUUAUAUUAUUAUUAUUAUUAUUUCCGAUGGUUAUGGUCUUAUCUUCUGUUUUUACUGGUUGGAAUGAGGAGAAUGGGACCAUUUCAAGAGUUUAGUGGAAUCAAUUAGAAGUAUGAAAUGUGAAUAAAAGCCAAGUGACA